AUGUCUUAUAAAACGUCUAGACAAGCAGCAUUAACCGUUAAUGGAACACAAUUAGCACGGAAACCAAGUUUAUCAGUCCCUGAUCGUGAUUCAAUACAAUCAUCACAAAAUAAUUAUGAUUCGUACACUGCUAGUCAGAAUGCAAUUAUAAAAUCAGAAGUCAUGGAAAUAGAUGAACAAUUGGAAAAAGAAUUGGGUGCUUUAAUAAUUUAA